UGAGGCGCGAAAAAUGAUAAACAAUUAUCGGUUUGUUCGUAUCUGAGACGUUCUUAUAAUUUUUUCAUUUUUCUUGCAUUCUAAUCUAAUCCGACAUAAACUGUAGACCGUAAUGAUUUUUAGCCAAGACUAUCACCGUUCCGUUGAGGAUGUCCAAACGAUCAUCAAAUAUGCUAAACUCGAUCACAACAAUCUUACUGAAACAGCUCAGGUGAUCUACUAUCCAAAUGCCGAAUCUAUUGCAAACAUGGGCAACCUUAAACUUCUCGAGGUAGACGAUCACAUUCUGCAGCAAAUCAAAGAACAUAAAUCAGUUUCUUUCAAAGGUGCCCUGAACGAGAAAGUUGUUAUAUGCACUGAAUCUCGAACGUAUGAAGUGAAGGAGGCAGAGAUUUCAAACAGUUUAUUACUGGUUCCACAGCUGAAACUAGCCCAAGCCACAAGUCGUUCACCAAUCAAAAGUCCCAAGGGAGGGGUGAAUACUUCGUUGGAUAGCAGCACUGAAGAAAUUGAAGGGACCGAGGAAAGUAUUAACGAAGUUGAGCGGAAAUAUGUGGUAAAGAUAUGUCACGACUACUACGAAUGCCGACAAGUGAAGCCGAAAUACAGAAAAAUUAUAGAUUUGUUGCGAUUGACAAGAUAUGCUGGGCCUGAGAAUGAACAUUUGGUAGAUCGUUCACUCCUUUUUCGUUUCAAGCAGCUGUUGGAUACAGUUCAGUGUAGCAAAGAUGAAUUUCAUGAGGGAUUAAGAAAGUAUAGGGCGAUUGAAAUCGAAGAUCGCAUUCGAAUGUUGUCUAAUGAGUACGAAUAUCGUGCUAUGUGUCUGAUGCUUGCGCUCAUGGCGGAGAAUUCUUGGCAACUGGAUGAGAUUGAUAAAGCUGUAACGAUUGAGGCCCUUGACGGCAUCAUCCCGUACGAAAUAGUCGAUCGCAUCUUCGACGUGUACACAACAAAAAGCGAACGGUUGGAAGACCGUUUUCGCUAUCGUGAGGAUCUUGUAUGCUCUCUAUAUGCAGAGAGACUACUCCAGCAAGGUUUAAAAUUUCAAAUUGGUGAAUUUCUCACCACGUGGCAGUCAUCAUUACCCGACGGGUUCAAAGUAGAUGAAAAGUAUCUGCGAGGGAUCGGAAUCAUCGAUCGAGAGGGAGCAGUGCCUUGUGUGCGAGAGUUAAAGGAAGUAGAUCUCCCAAACAAUUUGCUGAUACGCUUAACUAAACUGUUUCAGGUGAAAGCCCAGUGGAAUUUGGAGCAGAUUGAACCAUAUAUCGAAUGCUUCACAACGCCAACCUUAGGUGUCACCGCCAUCUUAGCUAAAUAUACCCGUUCGCUGGUUGUUGACGGAGUCCGGGUCUACGUCUCUAAACAUUAGUUCCGUUCAAUUAUUUGUCAAUCUAAUAAAUUUUGUGAUCCCUA